AUGAGUAAAUCCCUUAUUCCUAAAGCUAGUUGCAGUUAUAAUGCUAGUGACUCUGACCCAUAUAUGACUGAUGAGGAUUCUGCUUAUGAACCCCCAAGUGUACCCCACCUUAACGUUAAUCAGAGCCAGCAUGUUAGUGAAUUAUUAGAGAAUAAUAGUUCAGACAGUCCUCAUGUUACUCCUAAAAGAACGAGAAAGAGAAGGUUGAAUAUUAAAGGCCAUAAAAAACAAAUUAGGAAAAAUGCGACACUACAGGGUUUAGAAUAUGAGACUGCAAAGGGGAAAAAGGUUAUGAAAAAGAAAUUGAAAGCCUAUGAACACAGAUGUGGAUAUAAAUGUCAUGAAAUAAACGAAGCAGAUAGACAGAUGUUGUUCACAAGAUUUUAUCAACUCAAGAGUAUAGAAAUAAAAUAUGCAAAAUGGGAAAAUUUGCAACGACUUUUACCCUAUGUACCUCCUAUCCACCAUAAGUUUUGUAACGAAUUACCCCAUAAAGAAAAAAACAUCAUAAAACAAUCGCGCGCAAAUUCGAGAGGACAAACUCACGAAAGCAAUGAUGACACAGCUCGUAAUGAACCAGAUAUGAUAAUUUUGGACUUAGACUAUGAAGAUUAA